AUAAACAUUCGCUUCUUUUUGCUGUCGUCUCUCUCUACUUUUCUCUCUCUCUCUCUACUUUUCUCUCUCUACCUUGUCUCUGCAUUUCGCCGUCAGCUGGAGAGCAAAACCGGCAACAUUCACAAAUCCCUUUAAUUUGUUGAAUGGUAGCAGCAUAUUGGUAGAGAGCCAUGAGCCAACGAGCAACUGGUCUUAGCAGACCAUCUUCAAGUAAAAGAAGACUAAGAGACCUCAUGCUCCAAAGUGAAAAUCGUGUAUGUGCUGAUUGCGGUGCUCCUGACCCUAAAUGGGCAUCAGCCAAUAUUGGAGUUUUUAUCUGUUUAAAGUGUUCUGGUGUGCAUAGAAGCCUUGGCACUCACAUCUCAAAGGUUUUGUCUGUUACUUUAGAUGAAUGGUCGGAUAAUGAAAUUGAUGCAAUGAUUGAGGUUGGAGGAAAUGCGUCCGCAAAUUCAAUCUAUGAAGCUUAUAUCCCUGAAGGAGUUUCUAAACCUGGACCAAAUGCCGGCCAUGACCAGCGUGCUAAAUUUAUCAGGUCAAAAUAUGAGCUUCAAGACUUCCUCAAACCAAGUUUGCGCAUCUUGUCAGCUCCAAAGAAUCAGUCUCUUCAAUCGAGUUUUUCAUCUAGGAAGAGUAUGGAAAGCUUUAGGAGUUCAAGUUCAGUGGACAAUUCUGUAGGCAUGGUCGAAUUCAUCGGAAUGUUGAAGGUUAAGGUAAUCAAAGGAACAAACCUAGCAAUCCGAGACAUGCUCACAAGUGAUCCAUAUGUUCUCCUCACACUUGGGAAGCAGCUUAUUAACACUCUCAUUGCUGUUUGGGUAUCCCAGACAGUGCGAACGAACGUAAUAAAGAGCAAUUUGAAUCCUGUCUGGAAUGAAGAACUCAUGCUUUCUGUUCCUCAACAUCAUGGGGCACUAAAGCUGCAAGUAUACGAUCAUGACACAUUUAGUGCUGAUGAUAUAAUGGGGGAGGCAGAGGUUGACAUUCAGCCUAUGUUAACCUCAGCCAUGGCAUUUGGAGAUCCCAGAAUAUUUGGUGACAUGCAGAUAGGGAAGUGGCUGAAAUCCCAUGAUAAUGCGCUCAUUCAGGAUAGUACUAUCAACAUUGUUGAUGGGAAGGUUAAACAAGAAGUAUUCCUCAAGUUGCAGAAUGUAGAAUCAGGAGAAAUUGAUCUAGAGUUAGAGUGGAUUUCUCUUGAUGAUCACUAGUUAUGAAUAUAGAUUAUUUAUUUAUUUAUUUAUUUUUCUACAUUUCAUUCGGGUGAUGCCCGACUAAUAUUAAAACAGAACAUUCAUUAUCAAAUUCAUUGUGUGUAUUUACAUA